AUGAAAUAUAUACUUGUAACUGGAGGUGUGCUCAGUGGCAUUGGUAAGGGUAUUAUCGCAAGUAGCACUGCUAUGAUUAUGAAGGCUAUGGGCCUGCGUGUUACAUCAAUCAAGAUAGACCCAUACUUAAACAUUGACGCUGGUACCAUGAGCCCAUUCGAGCACGGUGAGGUCUUUGUCCUGAACGACGGUGGUGAGGCCGACCUCGACCUCGGCAACUACGAGCGUUUCCUCGAUGCCAGUUUGAACCGCGACAACAACAUCACCACUGGCAAGAUAUACAACCUCGUCAUCGAGAAGGAGCGCAAGGGACUAUUCCUUGGACGUACUGUUCAAGUUGUUCCACAUAUUACAGAGGAGAUUCAAUCUUGGGUUGAGCGUGUGGCUCAUGUACCUGUGGACGGAACUGAGGGAACACCAGAUGUGUGCAUCAUUGAGCUCGGAGGUACGGUCGGUGAUAUCGAGUCGAUGCCUUUCAUCGAAGCCAUGCGUCAGUUCCAGUUCCGCGUCGGUGCCGAGAACUUCUGUUUGAUGCACGUGUCGCUCGUGCCAGUGAUUGGCGUCGUCGGCGAGCAAAAGACCAAGCCAACACAACAGACCGUUCGUGAGCUGCGCUCACUCGGUCUCAGCCCAGACCUGAUCAUGUGUCGCUCCAGCCAGCCACUCACACAAGACACCCAGAAGAAGAUCUCGCUGUUCUGCCACGUGGCGCCAGAGAACGUUAUUGGAGUGCACGACGUCAGCAACCUGUACCGUGUGCCCCUGCUUCUGUACCAACAGAACACCACCAACAUCAUCAUCAACCGCCUCAAGCUCACCCCAAAGGUCGACCUCCACCAGCAGGAGACUGGCUCCGCCAUGCACAAGGACCAGAGCGCACACCUCUUGGUCAACCAGUCGAUCCCAUACUGGCUCGACUCAUGGAAGGCCAUCGCCGACACAAUGGACCGCAUCAACAACGAGGGUGGUCCAGUUCGCAUUGCCAUGGUCGGCAAGUACACCGGUCUGACCGACUCGUACCUUUCCGUGAUCAAAUCGCUCGAGCACGCUUCCAUGAAGUUGAACCGCAAGACUGUCAUCGACUGGAUCGAGGCCUCUGAUCUGGAGCCCGCAAAGAGCGGCCUGACCGACUUCUCGUCGGAGAAGCACGACCGCGCUUGGGAGCUGAUCAAGAACUGCAACGGAGUUCUGGUUCCAGGUGGCUUUGGCGACCGUGGUAUCGAGGGUAUGAUCCUGGCGGCCAACUACGCCCGUAUCAACAACAAGCCAUACCUGGGUAUCUGUCUGGGAAUGCAGGUGGCCGUCAUCGAGUUUGCCAGAAACGUCGUCGGCUGGACCGGCGCCAACUCGGAGGAGUUUGGCAAGGGUACCAAGAACGUCGUGGUCUUCAUGCCCGAGGUGUCCAAGACACACAUGGGUGGCACCAUGCGUCUGGGCUCGCGUGACACCAUCUUCAACGACGUCGACUGCAAGAUUGCCAAGCUGUAUGGCGUCCAAAAGGUCGGCGACGCCGUCGAGGAGCGUCACCGUCAUCGUUACGAGGUCAACCCAGAGGUCAUUGACGAGAUCGACAAGAAGGGUCUACACUUUGUUGGUAAGGACACCACCAACGUCCGUAUGGAGAUCGUUGAGCUGAAGGAGCACGACUACUACGUCGGCGUCCAGUUCCACCCCGAGUUCAAGAGCAGACCACUUCGUCCAUCCCCACCAUUUGUCGGUUUGGUCCAAGCCUGUAUCGAUCAGCUCGCCAAGAAGUCAUCCACACCAACCAAGCAAUAA